AGACGCAGUUUGGACCGCAACGCUGGGUGGGGAGGAUGUCUAGCUCGUGCUGCUGAGGAAACUGACUGUGCGCUUUCCACUUAUUUAUAUUAUCGUCUAGUGCACACAACAGCCCAUUCGUAUAUUAAAUGAACUAGUGCUGAGUGCAGGAUCGACGUGGUUUAGAAUUGUGUUAGUGACAACGAGGAAAAUACUGGAUUAACAGCUCCACUGCGGGGUGACACAAGGUCGCAGUUGCCGUAGCUCAGCGUUGAAUGAAGAGCCGUCAUCUUCACUAGGCUUCACUGUUAUUGGUCGAGGAGCGAGGUACACUGCGGGCGUGACCAAUGGCGUGGUGGCUCUUAUGACCAGAGAAGCGUGGCAGGGAACAGUAUGUGCACACCCACACAAUACAGGUAGCGGGGCACCGGAGCGGCACUACUACUACUACUAUGGUCUCCACCUCACCACGUUUUGGUCUCCUCCUCGUCCUCCUCUUGGCCCCAUUAGCCUCAGGUAGCCCUUUGCAUCCUACUUUGACCCAUGGUGCUGAUGGCGACCCCUUGGACCCACUACGUGUCUAUUCAGUGGCAGAAGGACCCCACAAAAUCCAGAAAGAAGAUGGCACUUCACAGGAGGUACUCCCAAUCCCCACCACACAACAGGAAAAGGAGAGAGUUGAGAAGUUUGAUCCCUCCAGGCUGAACUACACUGCAUUACGCUUGGAGAUAGACAAUGAGCUAGAACGCAUCAGCAAACGUGAGGGUCGCUUAUUGGGAGAAAGUCGCUUACCCAAGUUUCUGUCCAACUUGGGAAGAUUCCUCGACUUUGAGCAAGUGGUUAAGGAGAUUGAGACUUCUAUUAUGUCGAGCAUGUCCUGUAAUGCUUGUAAAGCCGGUGUGGGUCUCCUGCAACACUACGUUCAGAACGGUAAAACGAGAGAAGACAUCAUCAAGGCCGCCUCUAAGCUGUGCAUGUCUUUCAAGAUUGAGACCCCUCGUGUGUGUAUGGGUAUCAUCUACUUAAUGGCAGAUGAAGUUGUUUAUGUGAUAGAAAAGUUAGUCAUGAGUCCAGACGAAAUAUGUGGAUUUGUCAUCGGUGAUAUUUGCGGCACCCCUUAUAACCCUUACCAUGACUGGCAUGUAGCCUUGCCACCUAUACCCAAGCCUCCAGUACCCCGACCUGAGCCACCUCCAGAAGGGAUGCCGACCCUCAAGGUUCUUCACCUCUCUGAUACACAUUUUGACCCUGAGUACAGAGAAGGAUCUAACGCUGACUGUGGUGAACCAUUAUGUUGCCGGGCUAAUUCUGGUCCCGUCAAGUCUCCAGAUAAGAGGGCUGGGUUGUGGGGAGACUUCAGAAAGUGUGACACACCUCUGAGAACCAUAGAAAGCAUGCUAGACAAUAUUGCCUAUUUACAUCCUGACAUUGACUAUAUCAUCUGGACGGGCGAUUUACCCCCUCAUGACAUUUGGAAUCAGACCAGAGAGAGUAAUCUGAAUGUAGUGAGAGCAACUGUUCAACAACUGGUGGAUUAUUUUCCUUAUACACCAAUCUUCCCAGCUCUUGGCAACCAUGAAGCAGCUCCAGUAAACAGUUUUCCUCCACCUUUCAUCAUGGGAGACUAUGGUGUUAGCUGGCUGUAUGAUGAAUUGGAUCACCAGUGGCAACGAUGGCUACCACAGAGUACCUCCCCAACAGUGAGAAAAGGAGCCUUCUAUUCUGUCCUUGUCAGACCAGGCUUCAGGAUAAUUUCACUCAACAUGAAUUACUGCAAUAAUAAAAACUGGUGGCUUCUUCUAAACUCAACUGACCCGGCACAGGAGCUCCAGUGGUUCAUCUAUGAACUACAAGGGGCAGAAGACAGAGGAGAGAAGGUCCACAUAUUAGGUCACAUCCCCCCUGGCCACCAUGACUGUCUCAAAGUCUGGAGCCAUAACUACUACACUAUUAUUAACAGGUUUGAAUCUACAAUUACUGCCCAGUUUUUUGGACAUACCCAUUAUGAUGAAUUUGAACUUUUCUACGAUGAAUAUAAUCGCCAUCGUGUGACAAAUAUUGCUUACAUCGGACCGUCUGUCACAUCAUAUUACAAGCUUAAUCCUGGCUACAGAAUAUACACCAUUGAGGGAGACUACACAGGAUCACGAAAGCUUGUGAUGGAUCAUGAGACGUGGGUCAUGAACUUAGAUGAAGCCAACAGAGAUGGAGUCCCAAGAUGGUACCAGUUAUACUCAGCUCAGAGAGCAUAUAACAUGAGGAACUUGCUUCCUCAGGAAUGGAACAGUUUAGUUUAUAAGAUGGCAUUAGAAGAUGAACUUUUUGAAAAAUAUCUCAGAUUUUACUGGAAAAACUCUGUGGCACGGGAGGAGUGUGAUGCUGAGUGCAAAAAGCGCAUGUUGUGCGACUUAAAAUCAGGCCGAUCUAAUGACCGCAAGCACACGUGUGCCAAGAUCAAUGAACAGAUGGAGCUCCGGGAGAGAAAUGAUUGGAGAAAUUGGAUCUUCUCUGGCCUGACUAUUACGUCCCUGGCUGUAGCUGUGCCCGUAGCUGCCAUCGCCAUACCAAAGCUCAUAUUCUUUUUCUUCCUCUGACAUCAACACCAAGCUGACUUUAACUGGUAUGACCUGGACUAAGUGACUUUGACUGAUUUCACAAGAAGAUUUACUGACGGAACUGAAAAUAUGUUUACGGACAGUUGACUGACUAAACAGAAGAUGAUUUGGACAAGACUACAACACCAACUUUUGUGUGAAUGGUGUAUGUGUAUUUAUUUGUGUGAUUACUUUUGUUACUACAUGUAAAUGGAUUUGUUAUUUAUGUAUUAUAAUAAAACUUACUGAAAAGAAUAA